CCGGUCGGCGGUGGUUUGUGCAUUUGAGUACCUUUUGAAAUUAAAAAAAAUAACAACUAACGACUUUUCUUAACAAUUUUAUUUUUACAUGAAAACCUGUUAUUUAUUCCUUUUCUUCAUAAUUUCACCAAUAUUAAGGCACUUAUCGUAUCAUACAAUCAGCUUUUGAAUCCCAACCUUAAAGAAGUCUGCCAGGUGAUUUAUCGACUGAACUAUUCAUCAUGAACAUUUGGGUGGCAAUCUUUUAAAGCUCUAACCCAUUUUCCAUACCAUUCCAUUGGACAUAAUGUUUUCUCCAUACACUUCACUGAUCUGGAGAUGCCUUUAACAUUACGAAAACAAAUUACAACACAUAUUUUACAGUCAGCGGGAUUCUCAAUACUCACAAACAAAAAUAAACAUGGUCAAAUGUUUCCGUAAUGGCAUCUGUGGCUUGCCAACAGAUGUAGGUACACAGCACACAUGCGCGGAUUGCCGACUGCAGCGCUGCAGGGGCCAAAUUUCAAAACGGAACUUUUUUAAAAAACACAUGUCAGAUAUGUGAAGCCUUUAUUUUGAGCUUUUUCAGAAUAUUUUUAUUUCAGCAAUAUUGUUGUAGUUUCUGGUACUAAUUUUAUAUUUUAUGUAGUUUUUUUCUGUGAUAGUGCUGUGAAAGGUCUUUAAUCCAGCAUUAUAUGGUUUUGUGCAUUAUGUAGUCGAGCAGCAAGCCAGCCGCUCUCGUUCAGAAUUUUUUGGGUGGAUUUUAGCUAUUGCUCUGGGUCGCCUAGUCGCAUUACUGCUCUGCCGAAAGUUGUAGUUCUCUCAAAGUUAAUUACUACUGUCUGUUUCGGUUUCAGUACAGUAUUUCCUGUUUACUAGCGGCUUUCAUUUCACAUUUCACUUCCACAUUUCUGUAGUUCUUUUUUUGAAGACAAGAUCUAAAUAAAAUACACUAUGUGAUAUGAGACUUUUUUAAACAGUAAUGCACAUUUGUAGCUUUCUUUCAGUGUAAAACAGGGUUCCCACGCUCCUUGAAAGUCCUUGAAAAGUGCUUGAAAUAUUUUGAAGUAAUUAAGGGCCCUUAGAAGUGCUUGAAAAAACUUUUAGGUGCUUGAAAGUGCUUGAUAAAGUUUACACUGUAAGUUAUAAUUACGUUGUACAUAUUUAUUUAGGACAAGUUUUUAGUGUGGCACCGUAAUUUAAUUCUACGAUAACUUAUUUAUGGUAUGUUCAAAUAGUUGUCAUUUUUACAUUGAAUAAUGCCUCGUUUUUCGACGGCAUACGAUAAGAUAUCUUCUAUGCACUAUUUUUAUCGGCAGUUAUGGUGUCAUCAGUGUUUUUGUUCUGACAAAUGACGAUCACUUUCAUUUGCUUUGUGUCCAGAUUGUAGAGCAUUACUCUAUGAUUGUCCGUUGCUGCAGCCAUGUUGGAAUUUGCAGUUUGUUGACUUCGUUCUCGUAAAAAUGCCGGGAGGGAAGUGUGUUUUUAGUGAUGCGUGGCUCGCAAACGAUAUUUAUUCAUUAUGGUUAGUGAAAGUGCCUGAAAAAAAUAAAGCAAGAUGUUCGUUUUGUUCAAAAAAAUUUGACAUAAGUAGCAUGGGUGAAGCUGCUUUGAAAUGUCAUAUUAAAGGUAAAAAACAUGCUGCUUUCACUGAUGCUGCAACAAAAUCACUUGGAUUGACACAGUUCUUUGGUGUUGAAAACUCCAGCACAGUAAAUGUCAAAGCUGAAGAGAAUAAAAUUAGGCCAGCUUCUGCUUCAGUUGUAGACAGCUGUCAUGUUACAAGUGUUAGUAGUUGUAGUAGCAGUUCCAGUCCUUCAGUAUCUUCACAUUUCAGUGGAACAGAUGUUAUGAAUGCUGAAAUAAGAUGGGCUUUGAAAUGUGCAACCAGUCAUUACUCACUUAAUUCGUGCGAAGGACUUCCAGAACUAUUCAAGAAUAUGUUUCCUGAUAGCAGUAUUGCGAAACAGUUUUCAUGUAGUGCCACAAAAUGUGCAUAUAUGAUAUGCUUUGGACUUGCACCACACUUCAAGGCUGCUAUCUUCAAGACUGCCAAUGAAGUGGAACACUAUUGCCUGUUGUUUGAUGAGAGCUUAAAUCUUUCUAAUCAAAAGAAGCAAAUGGACAUACACAUCAGAUUGUGGGACCCAAACAGCGAUGAGGUAGUUACAAGGUUUUUCACAUCUGUAUUUAUGGGACAUUCCAGCGCAGAAGUAACCCUAUCAACUUUGCAAGAAGCAACAGAAAAGUUGAAUCACUCAAAACUGCUUAACUUGUCAAUGGAUGGUCCAGCUGUGAACUGGAAGCUAUUUAAUAUUCUGCAAGCUGAAUUAAAAAAGGAUUUUGGUUGCACCUUAAUAGAUGUAGGCAGUUGCACUCUUCACACUUUGAAUAAUUGCUUCAAACAUGGCAGUAGAUCUACAUCUUGGGAUAUUGACAGUUUUUUGGUGAGCAUAUACUGGCUUUUUAAAGAUUCUCCAGCUCGCAGGGAAGAUUAUUUGAAUCUUUCUGUAAACAAAAAACUCCCCUCUAAGUUUUGCAAACAUCGUUGGUUGGAAAAUGUUCCAGCAGCCGAAAGAGCACUCGAAAUUUGGGACGACUUGAAGAAAUAUGUCGGAGAAGUUGACAAGGGACAUCUUACAAAAAUUAAAUGUAAGUCUUACCUUAUUGUUAAGGAGGCAUGUCAGGAUGUUUUGAUGCCAGCAAAGUUGAACAUUUUCCUUUCGGUCGUCAAACUGUUACAACCUUUUCUUACGAAGUAUCAAAGUGACAAACCACUCUUGCCUUUCUUAGCUGAAGAUCUAAGAAAUAUGAUUGUUAGUUGCUUGCAGAGUUUCAAUAUUAUGAGGAAUGAGUACAUUUCGAAAUUAUCUUCACCAUACCAGGUUUCACUCUUUGACUUUAAAGACAGAAAGUGUCUUUUAAGUUCAUGCAAAGUUAACUUGGGGUUCAUUGCUGAUAGACUAGUCAAAGAACUUGUUCACAAAAGGGAAGUUUCAGAAAAAGAGGUACUAGAACUCAGACAUGAAACACAGAAUAUCAUUUUCUUGAUGCUUGAAAACCUAGUGGUAAAAUCCCCAAUCAAGUAUGCCUUCGUUCGAAGCCUUUCGUGUCUUGAUCCAAGAUUUAUGCUAACCGAUAGCCACAGCUGCUACAAGAAGAUGAAGCAGAUUUUGUCAAUUAUUGUAAAGGCUAAACAACUUCAGGAAAAAAUGUGUGAUGAAAUCCUGUUGGAGUAUCAAGAAUUGCUCCGAUAUGCUCAUGAAAACAAAACAGCAUUUAGUGACUUUUCCCCUGAUGUGUCUCGAAUUGAUGUUUUCUUUCGCAAUUACCUUGGUGGUGAGAAAAAGUUUGUGAAACUGUGGCCAGUUAUAAAAAUGCUUUUAAUUUUUUCACAUGGCCAAGCAGCUGUAGAGCGAGGGUUUUCUGUUAAUCGCCAUAUAGAAGUGGAAAAUCUAAAGGAAGAUUCGUAUGCAGCAAAGAGAUUAACCAUUGAAGAGGUCAGAAAAUGUGGCGGUGUUACAAAUGUUCCUCUAACAAGAGAGUUGCGGGCUUCUGUUGCAGCAGCUCGUCAGAAGUACAUGUCAUACUUGGAAGAGGAACGCAAGAAAAAAUCUAAUGCGCUGGAAAAGAAACGUAGUCUUCAGUUAAGUGAGGAGUUAGAAGUUCAUAAAACAAAGAAGAUUCGACUACAACAAACAAUAGACAGUCUCCAAAAAUCUGCCGAUGAACUUGCUGAGCAGGCAGAAAAAACUGAAAAUGUGAACUUGAUUAUCCAGUCAAACAGUUUUAGAAAGACAGCUAAAGAAAAGUUACUUGAAAUUAAAAAGAUAGAAAAGAAAAUUCAAGAAGUAUCUGAAAACAUGAGGAGAGUAAAAUAAUCAAAAUUGUUAUAUUUUGUUGUGCUAUAUUAAAUAUUAAUAUCAUGAACCUUUGAAAGAUGUACUGUAAACUGUCUAAUAUGAGUACAUUCCUAUUUUCUAGUAGUAAUGAGUAAAAAGUGCAUUAAUAUUAUUAUCUUGAUAUGCAACCUGUAAUUAUAUGUGCGUGUAGAUGUAAAACUAUGCAGUAAUUUAGCAUGUUGUAAAUUAUGCAGUUGAUAAAUAUUUGAUAUUGCAUCAUUGGUAUGUAUUUUUGCCACACUCUUAAACAUAGCAUUGUUAUGAACAGGAAUUCUGUAAUAAUGGGACUGUCAAGGUUAUAGUAUUUUAAGUUAGGAAUUCCAUGAGUGCUAAUUCAAUAUUCUUAAAUUUAAAUUCCUGCCAAAUACCUACCUAACCAAAUGCCUACCUAAAUAACUUACUAUAAUAAUUGUGAACCAGUUUGGUAUAAUGUUAAACUCAGCCAAUUUGCAAUGUUACUGUCCCUCCGAUAAGCUUUUAUCUUUUUGUUUAUAAGUAAUAGAAGGAAAAAAAAACAAUCCUGCACAUGUUCAUAAUAUAACUAUAAGUACUAAAAUUAUUUCAUAAUAUUUAAGUCCUUGAAAUUUUGGAAAAAGUCCUUGAAAGUGCUUGAAAAGUGCUUAAAUUUUUUCAUCAAAAAGGAGUGGGAACCAUGUAAAAGCGUAUUCCAGAACAUUUUUUUUUAAUACCUUGUACUGUGAUAUAUAUUUCUUUCGUCCGCCAAAAUCAUUCAUCCAGAAUGAUUGUGGUCCCUACCAUGUUGAAUUAAAGUAAUUUAAUAGGUAUAGUUUAUAGUAUUUGAAUUGAUUGUGGGUGUGACUUAUAACUAUAUACUUAUUUUGUAUUUUGUGUUAGGUGAAUCAUGUGUAAAUGUUAGGAAAAAAAUUGAGGACAAUUUAUUGGUUCGUAUUUUUCUAGCUUUUCCUUGUUCUUUUCACAAAUGUUAUUAAUAAAAAAAUUAUGAAACUCAAAAUUGUAUGCUAGAUAUGUUGGGGAUUUAGUUAUUUACAACUAUUAAUUUUAUCCUAAAUUAUAAUUUUUGCCGAAAUUAUUUGACUAGCAAGAAUAGCUGAUAGCUGAGGUUUGUGUGGUUUUGG